UCACGUGUCUGGGAGGGAUGAACAUGGCCGAUCCUCCCCGGACUGUGCUGAUCUCGGGCUGCUCCUCCGGAAUCGGCCUGCAGCUCGCGGUGCAGCUGGCUCGUGACCCCAGGAGACGCUACCAGGUGGUGGCCACCAUGAGAGAUCUGGGGAAGAAGGGGACACUGGAGGCAGCUGCCGGGGAGGCUCUGGGUCAGACCCUCACUGUGGCUCAACUGGACGUGUGCAGCGACGAGUCAGUAGCCCAGUGUCUCGGCUGCAUCCGGGGAGAAGUGGACGUGCUGGUGAAUAAUGCUGGAGUGGGCCUGGCGGGGCCCCUGGAGGGGCUCAGCCUCGCUGCCAUGCAGAAAGUCUUUGACACCAACUUUUUCGGAGCUGUUCGUCUGGUCAAAGCUGUGCUUCCUGGCAUGAAGAGAAGGCGACAGGGCCACAUUGUGGCAGUCAGCAGUGUCAUGGGGCUGCAGGGUGUCGUGUUCAACGACGUCUAUGCAGCCUCCAAGUUUGCCCUGGAAGGAUUCUUCGAGAGUCUGGCCGUCCAGCUGCUCCAGUUCGGCAUCUUCGUCUCCCUGGUGGAACCCGGGCCGGUGGCCACCGACUUCGAGGGGAAGCUGCUGGAGCAGGCGUCGGCAGCCGAGUUUCCAGGCGCCGACGCUGACACCCGGCACUACUUCCAGGACCUCUACCUCCCGGCUUCCCGGGAGCUCUUUCGCUCUCUAGGGCAGAGCCCACAGGACGUGGCCCAGGCUCAGGGCUCCACCCCACAGGUUAUUGUCAAGGUCAUCGAAUCGACCAGCCCACCCCUGCGCAGACAGACCAACGCCCGCUACUCUCCCCUGACUGCGCUCAAAGCCGCAGACCCCUCGGGCAGCCUGUACGUGCGAACCGCCCACCGCCUGCUCUUCCGCUGGCCGCGCCUCCUCAGCCUGGGCCUGGGCUGCCUGGCCUGCGGCUGCCUCCGCUCUCGGGUUCUGCCCGGGUGAGCCUCGCCCAGCCCCGUCACUGCGGGACAGCCAGACCUCUUCAGUCCACACCCAGACCAGAGGUCACACAGACCAUUCAUUCAUUCAUUCAUUCACUCAGCAAAUGACCCGCUCUGUACCUGGGCCUUGCUCAGCCUCCAGGCGCGGGCCCCUCCGUGGUCAGCGCUGGGGCAGAGAGGAGGAAGGGUCAUGGCCACGGACACUGAAGGGCGAGACAGACGGUCCCUUGGGCCUGGGAAUACAGGAAUCAUCCAAACACCUGCACCCCCCACACAGCACAGAGCGGGAUGGACUGGGGGUCUCCAGACCUCUCCGGUCACUUGCGCUCUGUCACAACACGCGCAUGUGCACACACCAGCAACAUGCACACAUUUCAUAAAAUGUAGAUUUGUAACCACCAACAGUAGCUACACUAAACAUUUCAUAAAGCUCAAUUUCUUACGUCUAAAUAAAAAAAUUAAAAAGCAAUAGGGUCCACCUCACACCCAUUAGAAUGGCUACUAUCAACAAGAAAAACAGAAAAUAGCAAGUGUUGGCAUGGGUACAGAGAAAUUGGAACCCUUGUGCGGAAUUAUGAUAUGAUCCAGCAUUCAUUUCUGGGUGUCAUACAGAAGAAUUAAAAUCAGAAUCUCCAAGAGAUCUCUGCACUCCAAUGUUCAUAGCAGCACGGUUCAAACCAGCCACUCAAGUGUCCAUCAGUGCAAGAAUGGAUGAACAAAACGUGGCCCAUCCAGACAGUAAAGUGUUAUUAUUCAAACUUAAAAAGCAAGGAAGUUCUGACACAUGCUAUGCCACGGGUGAACCUUGAGGACCUUAUGCUCAGUGAAAUAAGCCCAUCACAAAAAGGCAAAUGCCGUGUGAUCCCAUUUAUAUGAGUGUCCCUCGAGUAGGCAACUUCACAGAGAUAUAGAGUAGAAUGGUGGGGGGCCAAGGGCUGGAGGGAGGGCUAUUGAGAGUGAGCGUUUAAUGGGAAAGGAUUUCAAUUUUGCAAGAUGAAGAAUUCCAGAGAUAGAUGGUGGUGGUAUUUACAUGACAAUGUGAGUGUACUCAACACUGAUGAACUGGACAUUUAAUAAUGUUCAGAUGGUGCCCUGGCUGGUGUGGCUCAGUGGAUGGAGUGUAGGCCUGCAAACCAAAGGGUUGGCGGUUCAAUUCCAAGUCAGGGCACAUGCCUGGGUUUUGGGUCACAUCCCCUGUGAGGGGCACAUGAGAGGCAACCGCACAUUGAUGUUUCUCUUCCUCUCUUUCUCCUUUCCUUCCCCUCUCUCUAAAAAAUAAAUAAAAAUCUUUUUAAAAAGCGUUA